CCCGCUGGAAAUUCAAACCACUGAUAGCCACGCCCCUCUCCAUAGGUAUAAAUAGGAGUGGGUGUUCUUCCGCUCACAGACCGCCUUUGGAGCUCGAAUCUUCAACUUCGAACGACAGAGGAAGAACUGCUCUCUGAAUCAUGCGUGAAUGUAUCUCUAUGCAUGUCGGCCAAGCCGGCGCCCAGAUGGGCAAUGCCUGCUGGGAGCUCUACUGCUUGGAGCAUGGCAUCCAGCCUGACGGGCAGAUGCCCAGUGAUAAGACCAUCGGAGGAGGAGACGACUCGUUUAACACCUUCUUCAGUGAGACUGGAGCCGGCAAGCACGUUCCCAGAGCGAUAUUUGUGGAUCUGGAGCCGACUGUCAUUGAUGAGGUCCGAACAGGAACCUACCGCCAACUGUUCCACCCGGAGCAGCUGAUCACCGGCAAGGAGGAUGCGGCCAACAACUACGCCCGCGGCCACUACACUGUGGGGAAAGAAAUCAUCGACCUGGUGCUGGACCGGACUCGCAAACUGGCUGACCAGUGCACCGGGCUGCAGGGCUUCCUGAUCUUCCACUCCUUUGGAGGAGGAACCGGCUCCGGCUUCACCUCUCUGCUGAUGGAGCGCCUCUCUGUCGACUACGGCAAGAAGUCUAAGCUGGAGUUUGCCGUGUACCCGGCUCCUCAGGUGUCCACGGCGGUGGUGGAGCCCUACAACUCCAUCCUGACCACCCACACCACCCUAGAGCACUCGGACUGUGCCUUCAUGGUGGACAACGAGGCCAUCUACGACAUCUGUCGCAGGAACCUGGACAUCGAGCGUCCUUCCUACACUAACCUGAACAGGCUGAUCGGGCAGAUCGUGUCUUCCAUCACCGCCUCCCUACGCUUUGAUGGCGCCCUGAAUGUGGACCUCACGGAGUUCCAGACUAAUCUGGUUCCGUAUCCACGCAUCCACUUCCCUCUGGCCACCUAUGCCCCUGUGAUAUCUGCAGAGAAGGCCUACCACGAGCAGCUAUCUGUCGCAGACAUCACCAACGCCUGCUUUGAGCCGGCCAACCAGAUGGUGAAGUGUGAUCCUCGCCACGGCAAGUACAUGGCCUGCUGCCUGCUGUACCGCGGUGACGUGGUGCCCAAAGACGUCAACUCUGCCAUCGCCACCAUCAAGACCAGGCGCAGCAUCCAGUUCGUGGACUGGUGUCCUACAGGUUUCAAGGUGGGCAUCAACUACCAGCCACCAACCGUGGUUCCUGGAGGAGACCUGGCUAAGGUGCAGAGGGCGGUCUGCAUGCUGAGCAACACCACCGCCAUCGCAGAGGCCUGGGCCCGCCUGGACCACAAGUUCGACCUGAUGUAUGCCAAGAGGGCCUUCGUCCACUGGUACGUGGGGGAGGGCAUGGAGGAGGGGGAGUUCUCCGAGGCUCGAGAGGACAUGGCCGCUCUGGAGAAGGAUUACGAGGAGGUGGGGACCGACAGUGUUGGAGAGGAGGAUGAGGGAGAAGAGUACUGAAGUGUCUCAGAUUUGUUUCAUGUUUGUGAUAAUAAAGUUUUCUUGAGGCAAAAA